GCUGGGCGGCGAGCUGCUGCGACUGCUGCUGGGCGGCGAGCUGCUGCGACUGCUGCUGGGCGGCGAGCUGCUGCAGCUGCUGGCUCUGCUGUCGCUGAUGCUGCUGCUGCAGCUGCAGCUGUUGAUGCAGCUGAGCCUGCUGCUGCUCGUGCUGCUGCUGCGGCGAGAACUGGAACUGAGCGUCGUUGAGCUGCUGCUGCAGCUGUUCGGGCGAGAAGGUGCCUUCGACGCCAGUGCUGCUGCUGCUCGGAGCAGGCUGUGGCACGCCGGCAAAGUGCCGCGCGUCGGCCGCGAGGGCCGACGACUGCUGCCCCGAGGCCGACGUCGUGGCCUCGUCGAGCUCGGCACGGGCCGAGCGCGGGAGAUGCUAGGCUGGACGAUCAGGCGACGAUCGCAGAGUGGAGUCGGGCAGCUCGGGCAGCACGUGGAUGCGGCCGAGCGCUGCCCUUGCAGAAGAAAGGGCGCAGCGACGAUCUGCAGAGCGGUGAUGAGCGUUGUCAAGGGAGACGAGGGCAGCUCUGCGCAUCAUUGAGCACUCGAGGCGCAAAGCACUGCGCCUCGUGAGAGUCCGUGCACGGAAGUGCCGUGUGUUCAUCCGGCCUGCCAAUGAGGCGCAGCGCGGAAGACCCCUGAGUGUCUCCGCCCCAAACGCUCUCAGCGAGAGGGCGCAGCCACUCAGUGUGUGAUCUUGUUGAGGGCAUUCGCCGGCACAUCCGCUGUGCCGACGCCGAGGUAGGGACCUGCCAUCGGUCGGGCAGCAUCG